AGAUCGAUUUUAACUUUUCCCUGGGUAGAGUUAGGCGGCAACGUUAACCACACGUGCGCUAAGACAGGUUACAACGCUUCGAUCACGUUUCACACCAAGCCGUUUUAUGGCGGGAAACUUCACCUCGUCACGGGUGAAGUAAAGAACACUUCAACAGGACGGGUCAUCUGUAAAGUUAAUGGCGAGUGGAAUGGAAAAAUAGAAAUCAGCUUCACAAGUCACCAGGUUUGUGUAUAUUUAAAAGCUUUUUUUUUUUAAACUGAAACCAUACAGGUGACUUUGUGCUUUCACAAAUUGCCUAUAGGCUCGGGGAACACUGAAUUUGUUGUUUCUCCUUUAGGAAGAACCAAAAAUUAUUGACACCAGAGAACUUCCAGUUUUUCGGAAGAGAGUUUGUCCAGAAUCAACUCAAGACGAGUGCGAGUCGCGGCGCUUGUGGCAUAAAGUGACGCAUGCACUUAAGAAUGACGACAUCGAGUCUGCAACGUCAGCAAAACACGAAGUGAGUUUUCAUUAGCGUAUCCAAGCGUCCUUUUUGGGCUCGAGAAUUUUUAGCCAAUUAACUUACAGAAUUACCUCCUUUAUUGAAAUAUAGACGACUAGAAACAUAUGUAUUUCUUUCUACACCUGAGCUCUCUGUGUAAUUUUGGGUAUGAUUGUAAAAGGCGCAUACGAAAUGCAGUUCUAAGUUGUGGAGGCUAAUUUAUAGGUUAGCAGACGAGCUUAGUAAUGAGAUGGGUUGUUGAAAUUCCAAAGCGACCCGCAUGUCUACUGCACACUUGCAAGGCACGGCCGUCUCUUUUUCAGUCGUUGAAAGUCUUCCCAUGCUUGGCACCGGUUACUUUAAGCGAGGCGCGAUUUCGAUAAAUUCGUGCGGAAGACCACCGCAGUCAUGCGGAUCUUUCAGCAUCGCAAGAGGUUGUGACAAAGUAACAUCGACCUAAGGGAGGGUUUGUGUUCAGCGUUUUUCGUGAAAACAAGGGUUUGUGGGGGUUGCUCAGCCUCGUGGGCUCAAAAAACCUCCCUUAGGUCGAUAUCGCAUGGGAGUGGGGGAAGGAGGAAUAAGGGGGUCCCAAACUCCCGCCUUCCAUACCUUGCAUUUCCAGUUCCCGCCCGUUUUUCCUUGACUUCCACCCUUUAGCCAAGUUCUCUCCCGCCUCCCAUACCCCUCCCGUCCCCUAUUCUCCCGACCUUUCUGUCCCCUGUCCUCCCCCGCAUAAGAAAUUAAUUUUUUUCAUAUGAUUUCUUAGGCCCGGUUCAGACGCCGCUCCACUCAUGUGCCGAAACUAACUGAGGUAUUAAGUACGGCAAAAGGAGCGGCGUCUGAAUCAGUUUGGCACGGCACUUUUGAUUUGGUGCGGCAAAAACGUUAAGUUCGACAGGGUCUGUCGCAUUAUUCGACAUAGGAGCGGCAGGGGAUUCAUACGGAGUUCUUCUCAUGUGCCCAAUCAAAUGCAUACAUUAUGAUAAUUUAUAAAUCUUCCCAUAAGUCCCUACAUGAAAUAAAGAUUAGGUUCGACACACGGUGCGCCGUCUGAAUCAGAUGUCGCGCCAAUGUCGCUCCAAAGUCGAACCAAACUCAGUUAGGUUCGGCACAUGAGUGGAGCGGCGUCUGAACCGGGCCUUAAUCGCCUAAACACAUCUGGACGAUUAUAUGGAAACUAAGCUUUACUUGAAAUCCGUUUUUGGGUCGAUUGUUAUGGAUAUAAAAUGCAAGUAAAUAAUGAUCAAUUCGCUCUGCAAAAGAAUCCUCUGCGAUUUAGUUCGCGUCUAAGGUUUUAGUGAUUUGGUUUAGGGCUUUCCGCUGAUAGAGGCUUGAUGCCCCACUCAAUUUUCAAUUCUAGCUUGAGGAAAAACAAAGAAAAGAAGCCAGAGAGAGAAAAGAAGCUGGUGUAGAAUGGAAAACAAAGGUUAGUUGUUCUUCAUUCAUAUAAAAUUGACCAUUAGUGAAUUCAAUAAGAACUUAACGCAAAUCGCCACGGCGACCUCAACUACGACGGUCGUGGAUGUGGAGUCUUGGAGAGACUUCGUCUCCGUAACCCGCCAAAUUUCAACUUUAAGAAAACAUUGACUAUGCCCCUUUGCCGUAGUAGAGGUCGCCGUAAUGAUUUGCUUAAAUUUCCUAAUGACAAGUGGCUAAAAUGAUGGUAGAAUGUUGUCCGUAAAGACUAUUGACGUUUCUUCCUUAUUUUACGGUACAUAUUUUCAAGGGAGGUAAGCAUACCAUACACCUAUAAUUCAUCUAGCCGGGGCAAUUUUCCUCCGUCACGCGUGACCAGUAAUCUUGAAACUGAAGAAAUUUAUUCAAGUUUUGUACAAAAUUUUUAAACCUUCCACUCUGCAGUCAACCGCUCUACCGACAGGGCAAGUCGUACAGCUAUGAAUAGUACUGUACCUAAGGUCCGAGUUACGUCUAUUCAUAAUAUAAAAUGAUUAAAUCAAUAGUAGCAUAUGUGAAUUUCUACUUUCCAACUUAUAAAACACAAUUUUAUUCAGAUAAUUUCAUAAAAAGGUUGUCUUGUUUAUCAGUUUCUCUAUGUAAAGUUUUUUACACAAAAUCUAGACAUAGACCAAAUUAUUUACAGAUUAACAGAAGCAAAACAUUAUUUAAAUUCAAAUUCAAAUAUUAUUAAAAAUCACUUAAUAUUUAAUCUCGCUUUCAAAGCUUUCUGGAAACAGUAUAGGAUUGGAAGAGGUUGUGUUUAUACUUUCAAUACUCCUUUCAAAGAAUGUGAAGUACUUGGUUAUCUAACUGGAAUUAUUUAUUGGUUUUUUCACAGAGGUGUUGUUGAGUGAUUUAUAACUAUCCCACCACUUUUCAUAAUUCUCUAAAGUUUGGGAAGAAAUCUUAAGAUAAACUAGUUUACUCUUUUCACAACCCAUCUCCUCCAAAAGUUUUUUAAUUAAGUAAAAAAUACUUAUCAUUCUCUUUCUACAGUAUUUUUUGUUUAGUAUUUCCAUGAUGUGAUUGUCUAUUUUCAUUAGUUUAUUGUACAGUUCAUAUCUUUGUUCAUCAGUUAGGUUUAGUCUUUUAGAAACUUGAUUAACCUUUUUUUCAUAGUGAUACUUCCUCUGAUAAAUACUUUUUUUUCGAAAAUGUAAUCUAUCGUAAUCUUUAACAUCGUAAAAACCUAAUACAUGACCAUUGGAUGCACUGCAGUAAUCACAGAUUUUAAAUCCCAAAUGAAUAAAAAAACGUUCACUAUUUUGACAAUUCCAACAUUUAACACGUUUACUAUCAUUCACUUCCUCUAUAGGUUUUUUUAUUAUAAUUAUGAAAUAUUUCUAAAAAUUUUUUUAUUUGAUCUUCUGUAUAACUCAUUUAUUAUUUAUACUUUAUUACCUUAAAGCGAUCGUUUUUAGUUUUCCCAAGAGAACUUCACGCUUAUAAUCUUCAUUACUUAGAGCUAUUUUGUUAACUUCUUUUGAAUAUAUAUCAUGAUUUUCACUUCUUAUUAUUUUCAUUGAUCUCAUUUGUUUUUUACCCAAAAAUAAACAUUGAACAUAGUCAUCAAAAUCUAAUUUCUUUUUUACAACAUUUUUCUUUAUUCCUUUACAUUUACGUACUUCUUUAUCUUCUUCAAUUCUAAAACUGUAAAGUUUGGGUCGCAAUCCAACGAAACAAGUUAUUUGUUUUCCUGCUACUUCAUCUUUAAACAUUCCUAUCACUUUUUUAUUAACCCCUGUCAGUAUUCCAGGUGGAUGAUCAGGAGGAUAAUCAGAUGUGUCAAACUUGGUUUCUAUGUCAUGGAAUUUAUCUUUGUAAAAAUCAUCUGUGUGAAUAUGAUACAUCAAACUAUCGGUAUCUGUAAACAAUAACUCAGCUUUGUCUUUAUAUUUCUUUUUAAUGUAGUUAUAAUGAAAAUCAAACAUUAAUGUUUUUGAUAAAUCUAGAAUUGCUUGACCAACAUACACCGGUUUAUUAAAAUACACUUCAGUUUUUUUCAUAUGAACCGCAAUAAGAUUUUUAUCAAAUAUUGUUGCUCUGUCAAAGUUUGGACGACUUGAUAGUUUGGCAGCUUUCUUACGAUUAUCAAUAAGAAAUAUAUUCUGUCUUUUCCUUAUGUUUUCUAUUGUUUUUCCAAAUACGGAAUUAUUCAUUAGUUUGAAAAAGUCUUUCUCAAAACUAUUGGCUGCUGUUUUUCGAAAUUCUGUAUUUUUUCUUAUGUAAGGUUCCAUCCAAGAACUUUGAUAGAAUGAUAUUCCUCUGUGAACAGUAGUUAGCCUCAUUCCCAUCUCAACAUAUUGCCUCAAAUUUCGAUAAUGUACAACAUAGUUUUUUCUUGGUUUAAAAUGACAAAUUAGUUUUUCAACAUCAUUAACAAUCAUCUUUUCAGGUGCAAGUGGAUAGUCAUUAUGUGUUUCCCAUAGGUUUGAAGGAUAUUCCAAAUCAACUUCAAAUAUAUAUCCUUUUCUUCCACGAUUUGACAUACUAUGAUUUGUUUUAUCCAUAAUAUCCAUUACAGUGUCUUUUGUUAGGUUUCUCAUCCAUUUAAAUCCAUGUGUUGGAAGUUGUUGUGACAUUGCCCAUCCGUAAAGAUUAUUUGCAUCAAGAUAUUGAAUAUAAGUAGACUCCUCAUUAGGAUUAUAAUCUUUCAUAUAUUUGUUAUUUACUACUGCAUAUCUUUUUGAUAUAUGAGAUAUUCCACCACGAAUACCUCGCUCAAACGUCAUCAACAUAUCAUAAUCGCGCAACAGUUAUACAGUAUGUUGCCCAGUAUCCGGACACUUCAGUUUAAAAUUGCAAUAACUUUCCUUUGUUAAUCGCAAGAGCUCUGAAAUUUGGCCCAGGGAAAAUCUAUCUAGUCCUUAAUAUGACGAAAGAAAGUAUAACUUUUUUGCCUUUGUUUCUAUCGCGAAAUUAAUAUUUCUGCAGAGCUCCUAUGUUGCCCAGUAUCCGGACAGCUGGCCCAGUAUCUGGACACAACAAUAAAAAAUGUAAUUGUACAUAAAUUUCGACAGGCGAGCGACUUAAAAGCUUCUUUUCAUAUAUCCUAAGCUUUAAUUAUAGUUACUGAUAUGAAAUAAAUCUUGUCCGGAGAAUGUACACAACUAAUUCAUCGAUUCUGUACAGCAAAGAAAAAACUGUCCGGAUACUGGGCACAUGACAUCAAAACUUAGUGAAUGUUUCUGGCUUCCGUUAUUCUAAACAAAUCGAAUUUCAAGAAGAAUUAAUAAACUUUCUGAAAACCUGACUUCCUUAAGUAUCUUCACUUUAAAAAUAAAACAGUUUCUUUGAAAAUAUCACACAUUACCCUCCCUUUUCUGAGCAGCACUAACUUUAAUGCGCAGUAAACAGCGUAAAUAUUAGCCAUGAAAAGUUUACUCACCUGAACAGGACGGCGUCUUCUGCGACUGUUUCGCAAGCUUUCAAAUCGCCAAAACUUUCAUCUUAAAGCUGAAAUGUUCAGCUUUCAUUCGAAAUACUUUGUUUACCGAUAACUGAAAAGGGCCCCUCAAAAAUUGAGUUCUUGUUUAAAGUGUCCGGAUACUGGUACCGUCCGGAUACUGGGCAACAUACUGUAAUUGUUGACCUGUUUCUUUGAGACAUGCAUCCCAAGCUAAUCCAGGAGAUGUGUAAUAAUGAGCUGGAUCUAGGUUGUAAUGUUUGAGACAAGUUUUUCUAAAGUUUUCAAAUACAUCUGAUAAUAAUAGGACAUCAGACUUUAGGUAAAGAUUGUGAUAAUCUCUUAUUGAUUUACAUUCAAAAGUAUUCCAUACAUUAAUAGCGUGUUGGUAAUCAUCAUCACUUAUUUCUUCAUCAUUUAAUUUUGAAUAAAAUUCUUCUUUUGGAGGUAAUUGUGUUUCGGAUAGUUUUUCAAAUGAUGAAACAUAGUCAUAAGGAUAAACUCCCUUACGAGUUAGUAGGUCUACAUUUUCCUUAAAUAUUUGUUUUGUAUUAUGAAAAUCAUCUGGUUGUAAAUUUCCAACUAGAUUGGCAAGUGAUGUUUGAAGAAACUUGAAUGAAUCUAUAAAUCGUAUUUCAAAAUUUAUUGGAAAAGUAUUUCCAGUUAUUCUAUCUUUAUACUCACCAACCUUAAUCUUUUUUGAAAAGGAAAUAUAUUUUUCUUCCGUAGAUGGAAUACAGUUUAAUUCUCCUUCUAAACAAGCAAGUUGUUUAAUAAUAAAUGCGCAUCAUACCCUUGAAGAUUAUGAAAUAUAACUGGAAGAACUAAUGGUUUCUUACAUUGAAGAUUACAAUUUCUAUGCGCAGCUCCACGAUACUUUCCAGUAAAGUGACAAUGAUCUCUAACUUUAUCAUUUUGUAAUUCUUUACUACAAAUAUGACAAAUUUUUGCUUCAUCAAAUAAUUUUUGUUCAUCUCUUGUUAAUCUAAGAGGUAUUGGUCUACGAUAAAAAUCAUUAUAUAUCUUAUUAGUUACUUUUUUAAGUUUUUCUACAAAUACUUUUGAUAUAUCUUCAUCUUCUUUUGUUUUUGUGUGAACAAUAGGUGAAAAGAUAGUAUUUACUAUUCCUUUUAUGUAAAAACAAAAUCCUGAUGGUUCAUGCUUUUGAUAAUUAUAAUUAUACGAUUCUUUUGGAUUAGGACUACAAGUAUUCAUUGGUUUUGUAAAUCAUUCAAAAUCAGCAUAAACCACAAAAGGAACUGGUAACUGCUUUUCAUAAUUUUAAAAAAAUAACAUUGUAUCUUGUUUUGGCAUUUCUACAGAAACUGUUUCAUUAUUUGAACAAUAUUCAAUAUGUUUUUGUAAUAAUUCAUACUUUGUAAAAUGACUAAAACACUUUUUACAAAUAAAUAUUGAACCAUUCUUACUUGCAGUUUUUUGCGUCUUAAUCAAACGAGUAAAGUUUUUAAUUAGUGAAUAAUGUGAAACACCAUCUUCUUCGUACAAAAAUAAAUCAAUAGUAUUCAAACAAUCUCUCUCCGCCAUUCUCAAAGGAUAAAAGUUUUUGUUUUCAUUAACUGAAAAAACAUUGAUUCCUGGAAGAGAUGGAUUAAGUUUUUCAAAUUUGGUGAUGUCUUUUAAUUUCAUAGGAAAAGUAAUUCCUUCGGUGUUAAGUGAAAACUCAUACUUUUUUAAACCUGUUAGUCUUUCUUCAUCUCUUUUUUUAGGAUGAAGAUAUCUAAGUAUACACCAAAGAAAGCAUUUUUCAUCUUUGUUUUCAAUAUUAACAGUUGCUUUUCUAUUUGAUAUCCAAUCCGGAAGAGGAAUGUAAGGUGACCCCUUUGUUGGAUUAUAUUCAACAGUAUGAAUUUCAAGUUUAUCCACUUCUUUAAAAUACCAUGCACUUCCAGUUUGUUGAUAAUUUUCAAUACCUCCUUCGAUACCAACUAUACAUGUUUUAAUUAAUUUGUCAACAUCUGUUGAUAUAAUAUUAAUAUAUGUUCCUGAAGUAAAGUAAGAUUUACCUUCUUCUAAUCCUACAACACCAACAUUUUGUUGAACAGUUUGUUUUUCCAUUAUACAAACCAAAAUCAUCUUAAAUUUUAUAUUUCGAUGAUAUCUGAAAAAAUCUUUUAAAGUUUUAUAAAUUCGUUCAAAAAACUGAAGUGGAGUAAGACCAGGAAUUCCUUGAAUAAUAUACUUAACAGCAAAGUCUUCAAAAGCUGAUUUUUCUUUUUCAAGUCCUUGGUCAUAUUCUAAAAUAGCUCGCUCAAGAGCUUCACGAAAAUAAGAAGGAGUAUCUUUGGGGAUCUGUCUAUUUCUUAUACAUUCCUCAAAAUACUCGUCAAAUGAUUUUAUCUUUUUCUUUUCAGAAGGGGGCGUCUUUUUUACAGUGGCUUUCUUUUUAAAGACUUUUUUUUAUAUCAAUUCCUUCUCUCACUUUUUCUCUAGCUUCUUUUAAUUUUUUAUAUUGUUUAAUUAGUUUUCUUCUUUCUCCUAAUUCCUUAUAAUCUUUCUUAAGUUCUUCUUUUUCUUCUUCAAUAAUAUGUCUUAUUUCAUCCAAAGAUAAAUUCUCAAAUUGUUUAUCUGUUAUAAAAGGUUGAGAACCUUGGAAUCCAUCAGUUGAUUGGUUAGACAUGACGUCUUAUAAUAUUAAGAUUAUAUUAAAAGACGUAAAUGUUUAAGUUAUAAUUAAUCACUAUCAGUUUCAGAAUCUUCUUAACCACUUAAUAUAUCCGCAAUAUUAACACUAUCAUCACUAUCACUAUCACUAUCAUCACUAUCAAAAUUUAUUUUAUCGUAAAAUUUACAAAACAACUCAUAAAAAUCUCUAUAUCCUAGAUAAUCAUCAGGAUGACCUUCGAAGUACAAAAAAAAAAAUUUGCGCAAGGGAAAAUUAAAUGAAAAAAAAUUCAUGCACGCCAAUUAACCCUAAAAAAUAUUCAUGCAAUGGCCUAAAUAAAAUUCAUGCAAAGAAUCUGAUAACGAAAAAAAAUUCUUGCAGCUCUAAAAUUCCCCUCCCCCUCCAUAACUUUUCUAAUGGUCCGUCCCUAAGCUUCGGUACUGCACUGUGUAACUUGACGUCUACAAUUGCAAAUGAAUUGCUAGUAAAGGGACAAAAUAAUAAUUAAAAAACUUGUAAGCCUUAAAAAGUUUUUCAUACUUCAUUUCUUUUAAAGAAAUUUACUGCAAAAAACGUGGACGAAGAUCCUGUUGCUUGUCAACGUCGGAUCUCUAGAAAAGGAGAUCUAAUCAGCUAAAAUAUCAAGAACAAAAAACGAGAAGUCUAAAAAGAAUACCGCACAGCUGAUAACAACGUUUAUAAAUAACUAAGAUAGUACGCGCGCCCUCUGAUUGGCCGAGAAAUGUGUUUGCAUGAGAGUAUGUAAACAUGUGUGGAGUCAAGAUGUUUUGUUCUUCGCGCGCUAAUCACACAAGCACGAAUAUUAAAAAGUUUUUGAGUUGAAACCUCGACACGUCGAGGGUUUACAUAACUGUCUCGAAUUCUCCCAACCCCUCGAGUGUUUAUAUUAGGCUAUGCAAACACAGGAAAAAAGUGUUCUAUUGCUUAAGUAUUGCUUUUUUAGAUAAAUACUGUUACUCUGCCGUUUACAAGCAAUUUAUUUGUAAAGGUUAAUUUUAACAGUGCCUAAGCAAAUGUACCGAAUUUACGCGAAUUAGCGCCGCGGCGCUAAUUUGAGAGCGGAGCUUAAUACCAUAGAAAUACCGCUUAGUACCGUAUUUACAUGAAUAAGCGCCGCGGCGCUAAUUAACCCCAUGGGGCGCUUAUUUGAUGGAGGCGCUUAUUCGAGUAAUUACUUAAGAGUUUAUUACAUUUAGGGCAAAUUGUUAUUACAUUUAGGACAAAAUGUUAUUACAUUUAGGACUUUAUUAUAUUUAGGGUCGUUUAUUACAUUUAGGCCUUCUUCGUCUGUAAGACGUCACCUUUAGCUUGUUUUGUGUUUCUCACUAUCAUAAGGUUCAAGUUUUUAUUCAACCUUUACAAAUCCUCAUUUCGGCAAACGAAUGCAAAAUUUCUGUCGGUUUGUCAGUACCGACAAAUUCACUGACAACUUUUAACUUAAUUAAGCUAGGGUUCAACUGACAUGAACCGACAAACCGACAACUGACAAAUUUUGUCGGUUUGUCAGUACCGAAAAAAAAGCGCCGAGAUCCUAGUUCUGGGCCUUCAACGGACUUAACGAAUUAUAGGAAGUGCCUUUUGAACUUUUCUUUAACCUAUUCGGCUAAUUGUGGCUUUUUUAACAGGUCAGUCAUGGCGGGUACUCAAGUCCUGGUACACAGCUGGCCGGGGACCCAGCACGAGGAUUCCGGUGCUGGCUCGCAGACGGACUUGACCAGGGAUCAAUUUAAUAAAACUGUAACAAGUGUGAUUUACAAGUGUUGCCCUUUUUUCAGACUCUUAAGCAAUGGCUGCGCUUGUAAAUUACACAUGUAAAAGUUUUUUUAAAGUAACCCCGGAGGUUAAGUUUCGUUUGUUGCGCAGGCUAACUUGCGUGAACAAGCAUAAUUUUUGCUGAUUAAAUAUCACGUCUGGCAACUUUCCUCGCUGCCGGCUCCCGUGAAAGGGAGCAAGGGAUGGCGCAGUGGUGAGAGCGCUCGCCUCUCACCAAUGUGGCCCGGGCUCAAAUCCCGGCAACGACGCCAUAUGUGGGUUGAGUUUGUUGUUCGUUCUCUCCUUUGCUCUGAGAGGUUUUUCUCUGGGUACUCAGGUUUUCCCCUCUCCUCAAAUACCAACAUUUUCAAAUUCCAAUUCGACAAGGAAUCAGGUAGACGAAGAGCCACUUUGUGUAUGUGCUACGUCCAAAUAUUAUUUAUUUAUUUAUAUUUACUUAUACUUGUCUGCUUUCUGUGCUAACUUUUAGAUCGAUUUUAACUUUCCCUGGGUGGAGUUAGGCGGCAAAGUGAACAUCACGUGCGCUAAGACAGGUUACGACUCUUCGAUCACGUUUCACACCUAGCCGUUUUAUGGCGGGAAACUUCACCGCGUCACGGGUGAAGUUAACAACACUUCAACAGGACGGGUCAUCUGUAAAGUUAAUGGCGAGUGGAAUGGAAAAAUAGAAAUCAGCUUCACAAGUCACCAGGACUCACCAAGACUCCCGCCUUCCAUACCUUGCAUUUCCGGCUCCCGCCCUUUUUCCUUGACUUCCUCCCUUUAGCCAACUUCUCUCCCGCCUCCCAUACCCCUCCCGUCCCCUAUUCUCCCGGUCUUUCUGUCCCCUGUUCUCCCCUGCAUGACAAGUGUUUUCAUAUGAAUUCGUAAUCACCAAACACAUUUGGACGAUUAUAUGGAAACUAAGCUUUACUUGAAAUCCGUUUUUUGGGUCGAUUGUUGUGGGUAUAAAAUGCAAGUAAAUAAUGAUCAAUUCGCUCUAGAAAAGAAUCCUCUGCGAUUGAGUUCGCGUCUAACGUUUUAGUGAUUUGGUUUAGGGCUUUCUGCUGAUAGAGGCUUGAUGCCCCACUCAAUUUUCAAUUCUAGCUUGAGGAAAAACAAAGAAAAGAAGCCAGAGAGAGAAAAGAAGCUGGUGUAGAAUGGAAAACAAAGGUUAGUUGUUCUUCAUUCAUAUAAAAUUGACCAUAAGUGAAUUCAAUAAGGACUUAACGCAAAUCGCCACGGCGACCUCAACUACGACGGUCGUGGAUGCGGAGUCCUGGAGAGACUUCGUCUCCGUAACCCGCCAAAUUUCAACUUUAAGAAAACAUUGACUAUGCCCCUUCGCCGUAGUAGAGGUCGCCGUAAUGAUUUGCUUAAAUUUCCUAAUGACAAGUGGCUAAAAUGAUGGUACAAUGUUGUCUGUAAAGACUAUUGACGUUUCUUCUUAUUUUACGGUACAUAUUUACAAGGGGAGGUAAGCAAACCAUACGCCUAUAACUCAUCUAACCGGGGCAAUUUUCCUCCGUCACGCGUGACCAGUAAUCUUCAAACUGAAUAAAUUUAUUCAAGUUUUGUACGAAAUUUUUAAACCUUCCACUCUUCAGUCAACUGCUCUACCGACAGGGCAAGUCGUGCAGCUGUGAAUAGUACUGUACCUAAGGUCCGAGUUAUGUCCAUCGCUAGACAUAAGUGCGGUGGAUAACAACGUGACUGGUAAAACUUAAGUGAUGCUUGCUUGAAUAGUCAUGUCCUUAACUCAUGAGCCUCAGUUUUGAAAAUUGAUAUGGUUAAAAUUUGCCUCAGCUAGUCAGAAGCACUACCCAGAUCUGGCUAGUGACACGCCAUCAGUUUGGAGAUUCUGUGCUCGUUCCUCAGACCUCGGAAACCACCGUUGAUGACGUCGCGAAAUGUCGACUUUUUUCUCAGGCUAUUCCUGUUCUCAAUUUUAAUACGACUUUGUGAUAGUGUUACUCGAAUGAUCACAUGAGUUUCACUACCAUAUCAUGUUAUUUUUUUUUUUAGAUCUUUCAUCGUCACGGAGACGGUUGGAUGUACAAUAAUCACAUGAAACAUUUGCUGAAGCCGAGUGAUGAAGAAAAUUCUGCCGCAGAAUCCGCCGAUGUAACUGAGCGAUAAUUCACUAUGUCCUACCUUCAUAGAUACUAGUAAUAUCGCUGUGGGUUCUUUUAACAAGGCUCAAGUUCAUAUUUUAACCAAGGCGUUGACUGUCUGCUGAAAGAGCGAUCUCUUUCCUUUGGUUGACACAGGCUGUCCAUGUGAGAAACUCUAGAUAGACUUAACCUGAGGUCGGGCUCUAUUUUCGUUUCGCUUCGAAAAUAACAUUCCGGCGGGCAAGGAGAAUGUAUGAGGACCGCUAAAAUUGGGCCCGAUCUCAGGUUAGGAUAGACUGCACACAGUUUCUCUUUUUCUAUAGAUUCAUCGAGGGGGUGGGAGAGGGGGACAGACGCUCGCGAAAGCGGCACGCGCAUGAUGAUUUGCGUGUCUCACGGACUAAGAAAAAAAAAAGAGGCUGCUCGUAGUCUAAACUCUGGAUGACAACUAUACAUUGUACAAAUGAUACAUUGAAGCUGCCACGCGUUACAUAACUGUUUUCAUCGUUCAUUAAACGAGUUAUGAUAACAAUCAAAACAAAAGCAGUAAUACCAGUAUAGGUUAAUAAACGAGCCGUGAGGAUACAAAAACAUGAAAAAGUUCUUUUAUUUUCGUGCUGCCUCAUUAUUUAAAUUUUUUAUAAAAAUGAUCUUGUUAAAUUUAAACCAAAACAAGCAAGCUAGUUAGUGAGCGUUUUUGAGAUCAAAUUCUUUCUCUUUAAAGUAUAAUUAGCAAGUUUUUUUUUCUUUUUUAUAAUUUAGGGUUUGCUGCCUUUAUUGUCUUCAUUGCAAUUUGAGAAUUUACCUUUCUCCCUUAACAUCUUAAAUACAGUGGUGUUUUUUCAAAAACGCGUAACAACUGGCAGUGAAGUGGAAGUAAAAAUAAUUAUGAUUCCCUUGUACUGUUCUUGGAAUUCCGUCGUCUGGAACACAACACAGAGUGUAAAUUCUUUUUUAUGGUCUUUUCAUUGGUUAAUUAAUAGGAAAAGCAUGCACAUGUAUGCUUUGUCCGAUGUAACACAAAAAGAAGGUAUGAUGCCUCUUUUGGGACUUGUAACUAAACACUAUACAUGAAAUUAGGUGAAAAACGAACGUGUUAUGCGAACGCUGGUGAGUAGACAGUUGCAAGACAUUCCCUGAAAACGUUUCGAUGGUGGAAUAUUCGCUUGACUAAUCGGACGUUCCUAGGCGGAACUCCUGGAGGUCGGAUGAACACUCGAAAUCCAGUUCUUUUGUCCAAAGCGUCCUGUGCCACUGACUCGCUGCACGACUAAUUCUGUGGAGGAGUAUGUCGUGUGGUGUCUAAAUUCAAUGAUUUGCUAGGAACCCAAGACACAAAAGUAUGCCAAGACACUCAAGCAACCCAAGACACAAAAGUAAGCCAAGUACCUCAGGAACGCCAAGUAGCUGAAGUAGGCCAAGACACUGAAGCAAUCGAAGACGCAAAAGUAAGCCAAGUACCUCAAGUACGCCAAGUAGCUGAAGUAGGCCAAGACACUGAAGCAAUCGAAGACACAAAAGUAAGCCAAGUACCUCAAGAACGCCAAGUAACUGAAGUAGGCCAAGACACUGCAGCAAUCGAAGACACAAAAGCAAGCCAAGUACCUCAAGUACGCCAAGUAGCUGAAGUAGGCCAAGACACUGAAGCAAUCGAAGACACAAAAGUAAGCCAAGUACCUCAAGUACGCCAAGUAGCUGAAGUAGGCCAAGACACUGAAGCAAUCGAAGACACAAAAGUAAGCCAAGUGCCUCAAGAACGCCAAGUAACUGAAGUAGGCCAAGACACUGCAGCAAUCGAAGACACAAAAGCAAGCCAAGUACCUCAAGAACGCCAAGUAACUGAAGUAGGGCAAGACACAAAAGUAAGGCAAGACACUCAAGGAACCCAAGACACAAAAGUAAGCCAAGACACUAUGCACUGUCGCAAUUUUUAAUAAUCAUCGCACUUUGUAAUACCUGUCGCAAUUUGUAAUAAAUACAUCGCACUUUGUAAUACCUGUAGUAAUUUGUAAUAAACCGUGUCGCACUUUGUAUUAAAAAAGCUGUCGCAAUUUCAGUAAUAACAGUCCAUCGCACUUUGUAAUAAACUAAGCUGUCGCAAUUUGUAAUAAUUCCAUCCCACUUUGUAAUAAUUUCUUGAGAGUGAUUCAACUUACUUCGUCAACAUUAAUAUAAUGCCAAAAUAUGCGUGGUACUUCAUAAACAAAGAUGAUGACGUCUGCUAGCACGUAACUUCUCCGUUCAUUCAAACCAUUUAACUUUAUUCACAGUUUUUUCAAAUUUUUGUUGAUUAGUUAUGUGACUUACGAAAGGCUGUAUUCUUAAACUUUGCUAUUGUACUAGGUGGUUUGCAUUCAAUGGUUACCCAGCGGGUGUACUUCCUUAUAUGGCCAAUACGGGGAUGUGCCUCUGGACAGAGCUAGACACACUCGACAUAAACGAGCCAUUAUUAAAAAGCAUUUAAUUUCCGCAAAUCGUAACAGCCAUCCUACGUCAUUCGAAUAAGGACACUAGGAAAGCUCAAGCUUUCCUGCUAGAUCUUAUAACAGGUUGAUACAACACGUGCUGCACCGUCCUUGUCUAACGCGCAAUCUUAAAGAAGUAAUAGUGGCUUCCAUAUUUUGGCCAACUUAAUCAAACGAGGCCUCAAGAUUCAAAAUGUUUACUGCAAAUAAACAAAAAACGUCACCAGUGGCAAACCACGACAGAAACAUAAACACAAAAUCCAAUUAGUCGCUGGCCAAUUCCUUCGUAUGUAUCUGUUUUUAUAAAACUUUCUUGGGGUCUUACACUGAGCCGGCUAGCCAUUUGGUCCAUUAUUCUCACUUGAUUUGGUCCCAUAUAGUUACAAAAGGAGUAGUCAUUCCAUCUUAAAACAAUUUUUUCUAUAUGGAGUCCUCUAAAGCAAAUACCCUGGGGAUAGUAAAAAAUUCUCCUUCCCUACGUAUAUACAAAUCGUACGACCUUGCAAUUCUUCCGAGCGUGUUCAGGAUUACGUUUUUUCCACAAAAUGGAAAGGAUGGAAUAAACCAUUCAUUACUACAUGAGUUACCCUAUUUAAGGAUCAAACCAAAGACACAAGGCCAACAAGGUAAAAAAAUGAUACCCUAUUAAAGGCUCGAGAUCCACAAAAAAGCAUACCCUAUCAAGCGGUACUUGCCUAUCUAACCCAUCCAUAUAUGGGAUUAUCCCCCCCGAAGACUUCACAUGUCACGUGGCAAGCAAACAUGGAUUUCGGCGACUAAUGCCGGUUAUUCAUAAAUUUUCUGUUGUUAAAUGUUUCUUUUGUUAUUUAAAUAUUUUAAAAUUUAAACAUGGUUCAUAUCCUUUUGGUGAUAUGUCGCAAGAAGUUUCAGGUCUUUCAUGAAAGCGAUUCUAGUUGGUCUCGUGAUUAAUCAAGGCAGAAUAAUUCAUAGCGGAAGAUAUGCAUGUUUGACCAAACAAAAUGUUACGGAGAUGUUACGUGCUAGCAGACGUAAUCGUCUUUAUUUACGAAGUACCUUGCAUAUUUUAGCAUUAUAUUAAUGUUGACGAAGUAAGUCCAAUCACUCUCAAAAAGUUAUCACAAAUCGACAGCCUAGUUUAUUACAAGGUACGAUGGACUGUUAUUACAAAUUGCGACAGCUUUUUUUGUUACAAAGUGCGAUAUGGUUUAUUACAAAUUGCGACAGGUAUUACAAUGUGCGAUGAUUAUUACAAAUUGCUACAGUACAGGGUCACGUUUUUGUGACGUCAUCUGUGCGCAGCGCUAUUUAACGUAUCUGCCUCUCAAAGUUGAUUGAUUGUUUGUUGCUUUUAAUUUUUUAUUUAAACCACCCAAGGAAUGUCAAUUUCAUGUUAUUGGUAAAAAAUAGAUGUUGCCUCCUGCCUCUUAUCAUUAUCCUCAUUAUUUGAAAAUUAAGAUGUUGGCAAAAUGUACCAGGAAAAAUGGUAACACACCUCCUCGUGUGGCCAGGUGUGGCAUCUUCUCCUUUUCUCCCCUCCAGCCCUCCCUCCUUUUAGAAAAACAGCAUGCACCACAAAGUGAUUGAAGAGAAUUUCUCCCGCUCUCUUGUCAGACUUGUGAAGCUUUUCAUGAAGCGCCUUUUUGAAAUAGUUCGUGACACCUAUCGGACUCUCCUUUUUUCUCAGCAUAAUAUUUCAGAAAACUCAUAUAUGACCUAGAGAAUGGAAGUUGACAAAUGUAUUUGUUGUGGCUCCAUUUUAUCUUCUCUCUCUCUUUUUUUUUGGUGGGUGGGUUUGGGGCCUUGGGGGGGGGGGGUGUAUGAUUUUGUAACAAAAGAACAUAAAAUUUAAACCAAGGAUAAAAUUCAGCCACGACAUAUUGAUUCUUAUCCCUCCGGUCUGGUACUAAAUGAUGGGCUGAGAUCUUCUUCCUUCUCAGGUGCUUCGUAUUUAUUCCACAUAGAGGCGAACGCGAAACGCCAGUGACUGGUGACGAAUCGCAAUGGAGCAUGGGAAGGAGAAACAAGAGAGGUGCUCGCCCUUUUUCUCCUUCCCGCCUUUCUUUGCGCGCAAACUUUCAUAGAAAGAGAGAGACGUCUGGGUACAAGACAAAAAAUUUCAUCUCCCAUUUGAAUGUCACAGCCAGUUUCCCGUACAAUUAAGUUAAAGUUUACAAAGACAAAAUGCUGGAAACAAUCUUCAUUUAUUCAAUUCUUCCCUCUGGUUUUGACAACAUUUUAUAACUCUUAAAAUCCUAAAGUGUACUAAUUACAAUCGGCUUCUCAAUCAAAAACUACAUAACUUCGAGACUAAAAGAAAACUCGAGCAAAAUGGAGUGUGGCUGGCCGGGCAGGUUGGGGUUUUCAACUCUUACGCCUUAGAUAAAUUUGAAGCUCAGCCAUUUGUCGUUCUGUCCAGCCUGGUGGUCGUCCGUGAACUUCGCCUUUUCACACCACUCUCCUGGUUGCAUAGUAUAUUUCUUGCCUCCAAAAUUGGCUUCGGUGAACAAAACUACGGACCGGGUCUCAGACAACAAGAUAGCAGAGGAGACGCCUGACUUUUUGUCGUCUUGUCCUGUUUCUGCUGGGAAUAAUCCGGUCAGAUCUUCCUGAUUGUCUUGAAACCACUACAAGAAAAUAAUAAUAAUAAAAAGAUAACACUCAGAUUAUGUCAGUAAAGAUGAUUGUGACGUUUGGAUCAGCAUUAGACUUCCUCUUAAAUGCAACACGGCUAGAAACUGAAAAAAAAAAAAAAAAAAAAAACUAACCAAGCUGGAAUUCAACCCCCCAGGGGGUACUUCCUAUAAUGACCUAUGCGGGGGAGGCUACGCCCGAAUGAUGUACCUUUUUUAGGCUUUAGGUAUUUGAAAGGAUAGGGAUUUUACCCGGGGGUGGGGUGCUCCCUUAUAUUUACUUUAUAGCUGCAGUUUAUAGGUAUGUGCUCGAUAAGCUGUAUCAGCUUUAAAACCCAAGUUGUUUAAAUAAAAAAAGAUGAUGAUGAUGAUGGUGUGCCGCCCCAAAGGGUCUAAACGUUUAGACCCAAGCCAUAUUUAGAAGGAUUUGCAAUUUGAGACAAUUUGCCCCGAAAUGCUAAUUUUUGGCAAGUAGGUGUUUUGGACAUUGUUCUUUCUGAAUAUCUUGACAAAUCCUUUAAAUUCCCAAAUUUUAUUUUUAUGACGUCAUCACUUUAGAACUCUAUUUCUAUGGUUAUGACAUUUUCUGAAAACUUCGCGAAAAACGUUAUAGUGAUUUGGGUUAAGCACUGACUCUAAGUGGUUAACUUUAAUUUACUUAUAGGUUUGUCACUAGAAAUAAUGUAAAACGAACGCCUCAUUUUCUGAGCAAUCCACUGUGGUGUAGUGGUAUAGGCGAUAGAGUUCGGUUUUUUAAGACCGCGGGUUAGGAUCCCGCUAAUGCCACAGUCAAUUUCCCUUUUCACUUCCCAAAAAUAAUUGAGGGGACUUAGACUUAAGGUAGAUUUCCACUGACGCGUUUUUUUGGCACGUGUUAACCAGGGGAACGCACGUAAAUUUUAAUCGCGUAAACAAAAAAUAAGACAAGAUAUAAAGGGCCAGUUAUUUAAACGGAGUUUAGCCAGUGUUUAACAAAACCGCCGUUCUAAACCAUUUACAGUUUCCCGAACGCUUUUAUAUAAACACGAUUUAUCGUGAACUGUUUCAUGAAAGCAUAAGGCGUAGAUUAGAAAAGCAUUUGUCUUCUUAAAAUAACCCACUAUGGACGAGAUUUAAAAGUCCAAAGAUUUCCUAAACCGCGUUUUAAGUUAGACUUCGUUUAAAUAUCCGACCCAAAGUGUUGAGAUUAAACGUGAAGUUGAGCGAGGUUUAACUUUUACGCUUACGAGCGACCCUUCAUGCGUUGCCUUUAUCUUAUUUGCGCACGUAAAAUUUACGCACGUAAAAAUUAUGCGACAAUGGAAAUCAACCCUUAGAGAAAGACUAGAAGUGUAGGUAAUAGCAUGAUUUGUAGUGAUAUUUGGCAUAAAUACCACAAGUGAUAUUGGCCGUUUUUAUGCUAGAGACGUUAAAGUCGUCUUAAGACGACUUUAACGUCUAGUAUAAAAACGGUAAAUAAGGCAGACGACUUUAACGUCUGACGACUUUAACGUCUUCUGUUAAGUGCGUCCGAACGACGCACUUAACAGACGACUUUAACGUCUCAGACGUUAAAGUCGUCUGGUAUAAAGACGGGACGUCGUAAACUAGGAAGUUUGCUAGCUUGAAGUUCAUUUUUGGCGCCGCUUUAACUCGUGUCCAGUGUCUUCCGAGAGUAGAGCCUAGUCCUUUUUUCAGAAAAAUCUACUUUUUUAAAUAAGGUCGUCUACUUUUGUGCGUCCCGUUUUUACACUAGACGACUUUAACGUCUCAGACGUUAAAUGCGUCUAGACGACUUUAACCGUCUCUAGCAUAAAAACGGCCAUUUCGAAAUUGUUUUACGUAAAUUCACGAGCCGUUAGGCAAGUGAAAUUUGAGACAAUUUUGUAAUACCACGAGUGGAAUUUAUGCAAAAUAUCAUGUACAAAUCAUGCUAUUAUUUGUUUAUACUAUUACCCGCAAAAGGUUUGUAAUUUUCACAUGUAGGGAUUUCAAAUUAAGCUGAAAUACCACCGCUCUAAGCCAAUCAAAUUGCAGAAAUUUUUCAUGUAGUAGUAUAAGAGUAGAAAGAGUAGAGACUUAAGAGGGGAGGUUCUGGAGGAUGGAAUCUAAUGCUGACCGGUCAACGACUAGGCUCGAUUACCAGUAGCCUCCCUCGCAGGCGUGUUUAGGGGAGCUCGUCUUUCAUCCCUCCCCACAAGAAAGACGAGCUUCCCUAAAAACGCCUGCGUGGGAGGCUAGAUUACCAGCCGCUGUUCGGGAAAAUGAGCCCGCACUCAUCCCCAGACCGGACCCGGGAGAUGGCGGAAAUGGAGACAAGUCAACGAUGUGUUUCCAGAAUUUCUCAAGAACGCCUUGCGCGCAUGCUGAAAAAUUAACCGGGGCCACCUUGCGCGCCAAGUUUCUUCAAAUCGAGAAGAUUUCGCAUAUUACCAAUACAACGAAAAAGCGGUGGAGUCUCCCCGUAUAAAACAUUGGUGAGUAACGCCCCUGGGGAAUUCACUUUAUUACUUCGCGGAUAUGUCAGUCGUGAAAUAUUAGCUCGUUUCAGAUCAAGAGUAGUGUAGCAGCUGCUCGUAAGGUCUCUCCUAAUUGGUCGCAGGAAACAAUGACAUGUCAUUCUUUCUAUUGUUUUAGUAUUGUUUGGAGUCAGGGAAACGCGCCAUUGGUGACUUCUCUUCCAAACAGCGGCUACAUCUGUUCCGGGGUGGUGGGAGGGGUAAUGGCAAACGUUUUAGUUCGAAGUUUGCCGCCCACUUCUGAGAAAGCCCUGGGAUUUUACGCCAACGUGGUGAUUUAUUAACCGUGUGUUAUCACCCCCGAGGGGGGAGUACUCCCUUAUAUGGCCUAUACGGGGAUAUGCCGCUGGACGGGGUAUGGUUUUCGUCCUCUCUGUCCUAAAAAGGGUAUAUAAUUUCGCACGACUGUCCUAAACAGGGUAUACAAUUACGCGCAAGUCUGUCCUAAACAGUGUGCAUGAUUUGUGCGAGUCUGUUCUAAUUAUAAACAUGCACGAUCGAUUUUGUCUUAGUGUAAACAGGGUACUAAACAAUGUACUAAAAUUGAUUGUGUUGUCCUAAACGGGGUAUAUAGUUUAGGAAUUUUUUGUCCUAAACAGGGUCAAACCCUCAGCGGCUCACCUAUACCCAAAUAUUGGUCGAGUAACCCCCCCUCCCCCCCUCCCAGGGUUAUCACGGUGAGUCAAUUUCUGGUAAGUUAACAAAUUUUGAAAUUACAAUAGUUUGGCAUGCAGAAUUUUGAAAUUUCAAGAUUUGACCUAACCCGAACUAAAACCCUGAAUUUGUGUAGCUAAAAGUAUCUGAUACAUGAUUUCAGCUAGGCCGAUAAGGCUUUUGUUUGCAAACACAUAUUGAUAUUAAAAAUUGACUGAACUAAAAUGAGCAUGUUAAAAUUAAGUUAUUUCAUAAUAGUACCUCUCUGAGCAGAUUAUUGAAUUGCAAGAUAAUUUUUUUACGAUAAAGUACUUUCUUUUGAAAAUAAUGAUUCCAGACCAGAGUUGACAAAACAAAGCCUGUUCAAAUCAAAGCCAUUGAAAUCUCUAUUCUAACCGGCUUCAGCUGAAUCUGAAGUAAAAAAAAAAUCUUUGGUGUCUCAUAAUUGUUCUCAUAGGCCUUUGAUAUAUUUGCGUUGUUUUUAUUAUAAACAGUAAAGUAGAACAAAGAGAACAUAGGUUUCCCCAGUUAUUACUGAAUGAGUUCACUAAUUAUAUUCGUAGUACCUUCCUCUCUCCACGAUAGCCAAAGUCCUUAAACAAAAUGAGUGAGGGUUUUUCUACCAGGAACACGGAGCCAAUUACGCCAUUUAUGGUUACGUGUUUUUCAACAUUUCUUACUGUCUUCACUAAAGGGCCAUGGUAGUCUUGGCCCUCGUAGAAGAUCCAGUUUCCGGCUUUAACAUCUGCUAUUGUGAAUUUCCCGUCUUUGAGAAGACUCGCUCGUGACUGUGUAAACGUGACCCCUUUUCCUUCUGUACGUGACUUUUCGUUCUCGUAUAACGUGAUGGACAUGGCGGAUCAAAGCUGCAGCAGAUAGACACGGAAAUAUCAAACAAUGCAAUGAUAUUUACCAAUCACCUUAAAAAUGCCAAGAAGUGAGAGGUCGAAGAAAGAAACAGUUUCCAUUUGUAGAUUAACGUCUCCGAAUCACUUCUUUAUCAAUAUAAUAAUUAUUAUUUAUGCGAGGCCUCGUCCCUGCAGUGGUACCCAAACUAUAGACGACUAAUUUCCACCUAUCUUUGCAGAGAAGUUUACUUACCUCUGUUUGCGAAGCGUUGAAUGUGGAGAGACAACCUUUCUAGAUGUCUAUAAAGACACUUGCUACUAUUUGUAAUAAUUCAUAGACCAGAGACCAGAACAGUGCAUGUCAUUCGCUUGCUUUUAUUUUAUCGCUUUAAGCCUCCAAAAAAGAAAUGCUUCAAUUUAACUCUCCAGAGAUUAUCAAAACAGACUAAAGAAGGCUUAUACGUACUCAAAAUCAGGGCUAAAGGAGUUAUGUCUUUAAAAAAGAUCCUCGGUGCCCCUAGCUAUUGUCAGAUACCUAUUGACCCUACGGAUUACCCUUUGUUCUCGGGACGUGCCAUUCGGUCUGCGUUCAGCCACUAUCACUGCCAACGCACGAUCAAAAGCGAUGUUCAUUCCACCGGUGAAACCUGCCGUAUUAAUUCUCAUCUAACUUGCACUACUUUCAGUGUUAUCUAGUACAUGAUUUUCAAUGUCGCCUUUGUAAUCUACAAUACAUUGGGGGAAACAAUACGUCGCCUCAAAGACGGCUUCAAUGAGCACAGCAGGCGACAUGGUACAGCAAUUACAUCCAUACAGAAGCUUCUCUCUUCCUGUUCUUUCCCGGUUUAGAGCAUUCCGUGAUUGUGAGUCCUGCGCAAGUCUUGCGUAGCAGGUCAGAGUUGUCGCAAUUUUUUUUUAUUCCCGCGAAACUCGUGCCAUUUGACGACAGACCUGACGAUUAAAUCUGCUUUAGCCUGCGUAGCAAGCGUUUCUGUGCGGUUUAGGAGCAGAGAACGAGGAACUUAGAGUCAAAGACCGCGCGAAAAAUGGCGCAAGUAAAGAAAAGAAGUAGUUUGGCCUUUUCUCCGUUCAUGGAGGAAGAGCAAAGAGCAAAGAGGCUGUGCUGUUGCAAUCUACAAUGAAGGAAAAAAGUGUUGAGACACUUCCGUAUUAUAGCCCCUUUUGCAUAGUGGACAUACCUAUCCCCUUCCGCUGUCUACCCCAACCCCUUCCCCCCAAAAUCAAUGUUGUAUUUUGGACCCUCAAGUCUUUCUUUUACUACUUCAGACAACAUUGAUUCGGGGGGUGAGGGGAUUUACGGCGUUUAUAAGGAAUGAAAUAAUAAAUGAAUUAAAUGUUUGACAAAAGUCCCUGAUUUUAGCUAAAUAGAGGUUUGCAAUAAUUGCGCAACGUUUGUUAACGGUUAACAUUCAACUCAGUGAUAACGUUUCAUGUUGUUAAGGAAGGUUUUGAUUGCGAACAGCUGUACUAUACUUUGUGCAAGACUUUUCGGUGAACUUUGAUCACGGAUGACAAUCAUGCGACCGGAUAUCGUCUAAUCUACAGUUUAUUGACAGCUAAAUGCAUUUAUUAAAUGGAUGUAUCUAUUUUAAAAUCGACUACAGUACGUAUUUCAAGGACGUAACCCAAUACUACUAUUGUCAAUUUAGUCCGGUGUCCGCGCCCUUAAUAGAGGUGUCGGCUGAAUAGAGACUCGUUACAAAGAGAAGUAUCAGACGUUACUUUCGGGACCCGGCUUAGUGUUCGCUUAAUAGAGGGUGUCCGCUUAAUUGGCAGGGGCACCUAACGAGAAUAUACUUCAAAACCACUUAAACAUAGUAUUGUUAAACGUAUUUUAGAAUUUAAAUGGUAGAUAUCGGCAUCUUUCGCCUUUAAAUCGGCUAUGUCACACUACGUGCUAUCUUUUUAAAAACCAAAAACGUUUUUCGCAUAAAUUGAAUUCAAGAAAAAAUGGUCCAGUUAUUUGUUUCAAGAUAUAUUUAGGCACUGAAACUAAAUUUCCCACCGUCUAUUGCAAGAGAUGGCAAUGGUGGACAUGAAUCGAAACUUGCCAAGAUUGGCCGAAUUUUUCAUCCCUGGUGUUUUUUUAUGCUAUCAGGGGCAAGCAACGAGAAUGUAGUUCAAAACCACUUAAACAUAGAACUGUUAAACGUAUUUUAGAUUUAAACGGUAGAUAUAGGCAUAUUUUUAUCCCCUAAAAAUUUUUCAUCUGUUCGGAUUUCUUAGCUGAAAGUCCAGUGAUCCGAAAAUUAUAGGGAUCAAAACUUACCUUUUCGAAAAUUUCAGCUAGAAAAAGGGCUCCCGAAAAUUCUAGCUGACCCUUUUAGGGUAAAAAUCCGUUGAAAAUGGGCAAUUAUAUCAAUUUUAGAUGUUCGAAAAUCCUAGGAGAGGCAGGCAAGCAUGACAUUUUACAACAAAUGUUCUGAAAAUUGUCGAUCUCAAAUCGUCUUCCGAACAGAUAUUUUCGGAAAAUUAACGUUACGUGCCCCCUAAUUGGGGGUCCGCUUAAUAGAGGUUUCACUGUAUAUUACAGAAACUUUGAUUUGCAAAACAACUAUACUCACUUUAACUUGCACACGCACCAAUGUUAUAUAGCUUUAUCUCUGCAGAAGUUAACACCGUGAAGUCUCCAGUGGAAGUAAACUAACUAAGAUGAAAACGCUAAAUUUAUAGUUAACGAAACGUGCCAAAAAUUAUAACGUAUUUCCUAUGCGGACAUUACAUAAAAGGACAGGAAAUGUAGCGGUUGGCUUAUCAAUUAAAAACCAUUAAUGCAGGCGAUAAUCGAUUUAUAAUAACUACCGUUAGCACGUUCGAGCAAUUAAACGAGGAAUUAACGACAAGGAAUUACGUUUCAAAACCAACAAACAUUUUCGUAAUUUGUCCUCCUACUGACUGGGAAUUAUAAAUACAUUUAAUGCUGAUCGAGUAUCAUAACUGUAUCUGUUUUUCAAUUCAUAUUUAGGACCUAGAAAUGUAGUACUUUUAACAUUCGACCAGUAAUUUUAAUUCAGUGUGGUAGUCUCAUCAACUUCUUUCUCUUAGUUUUAAAAAUCUGAUGAGGCUGCUCGGUUCAUGGUACUGCACAAACUGUUAGCAACUUUGUGGCUGUAAAAUAAAUUAGUAUCACCGGCAAAGAUAAUGUUUUAUGAAUUGAAUCAUUAUUUUCAUUCCGAUUCCUUUAGAAAUUUUUAUAUAACACAUUUUUUGUUUUCCUUGAAUUUAGGAUUCCUUUUGAUAUCCAAGGUACUCUCUGCCCGUUAUCACUUUUCUUUUUACUGGGUCUCGUUAAUGGUACGUUUUUGUUCAACAACUGAUAUUAUUUAGUGUAAAAGUGAUCUUAAAACCGUCUUACCAUAAACAUCAAUAUUCAAUCUUUACAUUCCAAGUCUUGGCAGAGGUAAUUUAGCAUUUUAUCAUCAAUUAACCUAAAUUUGUUUUUUGUUACCCUUUUGACGUUUGAGCUUUUGCAAGCAAGUUACCCAUUGCUGCGAACACUAGUAAGUGAUCCGAAAGAUCUCACGAUAAAAAGGAUACCACAUUUAUUGUUCUCUUCUAUUUUGUGUACAAAUAUAUUAUCAAUCAGGGUCGCAUUAGUAUUUGUUAUUCUUGCUGGCCUUAUGAUUAUGGGUAAAGUGAUGAAGAAAAAUAUUUGUAAUGAAGUUAUGAAUAUAUGAAAAUCAUAAAAUUAUGUGAACUGCGGAGUGAAGAAUUAAAUGAAGGAAGAUCAUCGCAGCUAUACGCAACUUUUGGAGUUGCAAAAAGAAAGCCUGAAAAAAAUAAUUCAGGCUUGUAAGGGAUUCGAACCCUUGACCUCUGCGAAACCAGUGCAGCGCUCUACCAAUUAAGCUAACGUGCCAACUGGGAGCAGGUUCCAGCUGCUUUCAGUUGGCUUGUCAGCUUAAUUGGUAGAGCUCUGCACCGGGUAUCACAGAGGUCAAGGGUUCUAAUCCCACUUAUGUCCAGGUUUCGCACGUAGCAGCAAAAAUUGCGAUUUUUCGUGUGCGAUUUCCCGCAGUUCUUUGUCAUGCGAGUAAGGUUCACUCCUCUCGUGUUUGUGAUCACUUAUAAGAGCCGUUUGCCGAUUUUACCAAAUUUGCUAUACUCCAAAAAGUUUCCGCUUUACUUGCCAUUUUGGCAUUUCGCUGUCAGCGCAGUUAAAGCAUAUCUACACGCAAAAGCCAACGCAGCCAAUCUUUAAAUAAAGGUUUGUUAUCUAAUGGUUCGAGUCAUAUAUUCGUGAGAUUCCAUUGUAUUUCAAGUUUCAUGUUAUGCGUUCUUUAACUUAAAAGUUUUUGAACAAGGGAUCAACAUCCUUGAUGUAUUUUUCAACUGGUCAAAGAUAUUUAUUCAGAUUACAUCUUGGCCUCUUUCUGAGUCCCAAAGAAGUACUUAAGACGGAAUCCAUCCGGAAACAUUGACAUUGAGUAAUUUCAAUUUUCAGUGGACAAAAACCUUGUGCCAGAAUAAUUUAAACAAUAUCGCAUUGUUUUUUUGCAUUUUUCAAGGGCUAUAGGGCAAAUGACAGCAACUAGGAAACUCUAAGUGUAUAGUUCAACUGGAAAUACCGCUGAACCUUUCGACUAAUCAAAAAUCCGGAUUUGGAUUUGCCGAAAGGAACGGGAAAUCCGUUUUUAAUUCUAAUUUAGGGGCCUUAGUUUUCUUAAUUUCGAAAACAAAGGCUCCUCUUAGUUUUCGUUGACGAAAACUACCCCCCCCGACAAAACCAAUCCGAAAAAUAUACAUGUAUAUGAAGUCGAAUUACGACCGUUCAAAGGCUAUAAUCCGUAAAACAACCAAAAACUAUAAUCUGCGUGCUGACAUUCUUGACACUAUGAUAAAGAGAAAACAUUUGUCGUGACUACAAAAUUGCAAAAACUAUUUUUCACAAUGGUCUACAGUCUGAGUAGUUACGUAUUGCAGCUUCUGAGUCGGUAAAGUGAGAAUCUAACAAGUGUUCAUCUUGAGUGACUGAGUGGCUUGAAUGGCUUUUGGCAAUUGCGAAGUCGUACGUGUGGCUUGCCCUGCACGGGGUGAAAAACAAACCAACUACGUGACAGACAAGUCACACGAACUAAAAGCCAUGCAGGAAAGAAACCUCUACUCGCAGAGUAAUGGUGCGUUGCUUAGUUUAGUGGCAGUCUGGUAAUCGUAUAUAUCUAAAAGUCUUAAAAGAAUAGAUCACGUUCAAAGGCAUCACUCGUGUGUAAAGUAAAUAUUAUAGCGGAGCUCUCUCGCGCGCGAAGCGCUCGCAACGGAGCAAAUGGGUAAGAAAAUUUGGUAAUCUUAGCCGAGAAAGGAAACCACGUAUAUCCUCUUGUAUUAAAUUACUUAUCUAAUCACGUAUAAUCCUUCCAUUGAUUUUCCACUGAAAGAAACGUAGUGUAUGUUUAAGUCUAAUGAUUGCGAGUCGGACUUUGUCGAGUCUUUGAUCCAGUCAUAAGUUAGGGCAAUGAGUUAGAGCUUGUUUCUACAUAAGUUGAGUCCUGUUCCUAACUCCGAAGUGGCGUUAACUCAAGAAUCGACCGAGCAAAAGCAAACACUGAGUCAACACUAAGUAUAGAAAACUUCCAAAGCAUAGCUUUAGAAAGAAAAUACAUGAUUGCUUACUUCAGAUCCUUUCACAGACAGACGCCUAUCCUGAUCUACCUUCCUUAUUAGGACAAAUGAAACAUAUUCACAAUCGUCCGUAACUCACCCACUCAUUAUCUUAGCCUGCGUAGCAAGCGUUACCAAUCGAGCUAUUGUGGGAAAGUUAGAGCAGGAGCAAAAAAAAGGCAUUUUUUUUUUGCUCUUGUCCCAACUUUCUCGACGAACUCGCACGGAAACGCUUGCUACGCAAGCUAUCAUUAUCUUUGCAAUCGUCUUAAUCAGUGGCGGAUCCAGGGGAGGGACCCGGGGGGUCCGCCCACCCUUAUUUUUGGACCAAACUGAGGCCCGAAGGGCCGAAAAAAAUUUUUAUAAGACCCGGCCGCCCCCUUAUCUCAGGAUCUGGAUGACCGCCCCCCCCCCUCCCCUUAUCUGAAGAUCUCGAUCCGCCACUGUUGAUAGUGUGCUUGUAAGUUUCAGGGGCACCCAACGACUGCUUUCUGUAAAAUACCGUAAAAUUCCGAAAAUAAGCCUCGGGGCUUAUAUUUUCCAAAGGGCCUUUUUGAGGGGCUUAUUUUUGGAGGGGCUUAUAUUCGGAGGGGCGUAUCUACGGAGGGAAAUUUGCGUUUCAAAAUCGAUUGGGCUAACCUUAUAGUUAGAAGUAAAUUUACCACUUUUGCUUUGUUUUUCUUUGCAUUUGACGGCAAUUUUCCAAGUACAAGCCCCCCGGGGGGCUUAUAUUUGGAGGGGCGAUUUAACGGAGGGUUUUUUCCGUACGAGUUUGGGGGGCUUAUAUCUGGAGGGGCUUAUACAUGGAGGGGCUUAUUUUCGGAAUUUUACGGUAUAUGUUCGGAGAAGCAAAUAUUUCCUAGAAUUUCUAUCACUUAAGGACGGCUAAAAAUUUCUAGAUGACUGUUCCAUUCAUGGCCAAUUUUCAAAUCAGAAAAUAUCUCAC